ACAAUAGCCCAGAUCCCCUGACCAGUUUAAUAGGAUAGGAAAGCAUUAACGGUAAGACGCCGCCUGCAUUCAGGUUUGCCAAAUCCACUGUGUGGUACCCUGGGAGGUACACAGUGGUCUGUGCUUAUUUGUGGACUUUUCUUCCCUAGAACUUUUCAGGGAAUCAAGACAAGAAAAGCCUCGUCCCUCCGCGCUUCACCGUUCUCCUUCCCCUAUUCCCCCCGUAAGACUCGGAGCCCCUCGCCGCAACCAUGGUAGUGAUGAAGAUGAAGUUCCCCUUUCAAAAAAGGGUGAAACUUGCCCAGGGACUGUGGCUCCUUUCCUGGUGUGCCACGGUAGCCGGGGCCAUGACCUUCACCCUUGGGUGCAUCCUGAAGACAGAACUCCGAAGGAGAGCAGAAGUCAUGGAUAAUGCAGACAUACAUAUCGUGCCCAAUACGCUCAUGAUUGUUGGUCUGGCCUCCCUGGGCAUCAACUACUUUGCCUCAAAGAUCUGUCAGGAUGCCCUUGACGCUGGGCGAUUUCCUCGCUGGAAGACCUUUUUGAAGCCCUACUUUGCUGUCUCUUGUUUCUUCACUGUGCUCAUGCUGCUAGCGGUCAUCAUGAGCUAUGCCAUGAAGGGCAGUCUGGAGUCUUCACUGAAAGUCGGCCUGAGGAAUGGCAUCCGCUUCUAUAAAGACACAGACACGCCGGGACGCUGCUUCCAGAAGCAGAACAUUGACCGCUUGCAGAUGGAGUUUCAGUGCUGUGGAAACAAUGACCACAGGGAUUGGUUUGAGGUCCAGUGGGUCAGCAAUCGCUACCUUGAUUUCAACUCCAAGGAGGUCAAAGUCCGCGUCAAGAGCAAUGUGGAUGGACGAUACCUAGUAGACGGAGUCCCAUUCAGUUGCUGUAAUCCCAGUUCUCCUCGACCAUGCAUCCAGUAUCACCUUACCAACAAUUCAGCUCAUUAUAACUACGAGUACGAAACAGAGGAGCUCAACAUCUACCUGCGCGGCUGCCGGGAGGCCUUGGUCAAUUACUACAUGGGGCUGAUGAACACCAUUGGCGCUGGAGUACUGUCAGUCUUCCUCUUACAGGGUUCUGUGCUGGUGAGUUUGCGCUUCCUGCAGACAUCUAUGGAGGCAGUAGCUGGGAAGGAGAACAUAGAAAUUGAAACAGAAGGAUACUUGCUGGAGAAGGGAGUGAAGGACACCUUCAUGGAGUACUUUGACCCAGUUCUCAAGUUCCUGCUGUUUAAAAACCAGGUGCAGGAGGGUGCUACUACAGAUGAUAAAGCAGCCCCAGCUUCCACCUAACCACCGGGGCUUUGCAUACAUGUAAAUACUUUUUAUAAAGGGUGUCCACAUUAUUGCAAUUUAAAUCUGGUUGGGGGCUAUAAUUGGCAUUUUCAGGUGACCAUGAACGGUACAUCAAAUUAAUGUAUAUUCUUACGUGAAUUUUGAAUCUGUGUUCUCUAUACCAAUGAAAGUCUCCCAAGAGAAGAAGGCCAUCUCACAUUUUUUUGUUAUUUUUGUCAACAAUACAUAUUCACAUGACUAAUACACUCGAAGUAUAUCAAUACACUAUGUAACAUGUCUUUUUAAAUGUUUGUUAUACGUAUACUUAGUAUUUCUUUUCAUUUACAACCUAUGCCAUUUUAUUCUUUAUUUUAAUUGAGCCAGGGUGCAAAUAAACCAUGCUACACCAAAAAGUUAAUAUUUGUAAUAUAGUGAAAAAAACAUGAAAAAAAUAUUAAUACAAGUUAUUUAAAAAAAAAUGAUUGCAGUUUUUUUUUUUUUUUGAGGGAAAGUAGCAUAU